AUGGUCAUCGCUUGCCACACCGAAGAAGAGUACGCCGAACUGAUGACAGCUCUAAACCGCAGCUUUACGGUAAAAUCGUUGGGGGAUAUUAGCCAUUUCCUGGGCAUUCAAGUCCGACGCAGCGAGGAGCAGUUUUCCCUCAAUCAACGGAUCUACAUCCAGACGUUGUUGAAGCGUUUUGGGUUGACCGAAGCGAAGUCGUCGAAGAUUCCUUUGGACCCUGGCCACCUGCAACAAAAGGAGGAGAGUGAGAAGUUGCCGAACAAUCACCAGUACUCAAGCUUGAUUGGUGGUUUGUUGUAUGUGGCAGUGAACACCCGACCGGACAUCGCGGUCAGCGUAUCGAUCCUUGGCCGAUCAGUGAGCAACCCCUCGCAGGCGGAUUGGAUGGAGGCGAAACGAAUCCUCCGGUAUCUCAAGCUCACCCAGGAUCAUGAGCUUGUACUGGGGCCAGGACAAGCGAGCAUGGAGGUCUACGUCGACGCCGACUGGGCCGGUGAUGCGAAAACCCGGAAGUCGAAUUCCGGAUUCUUGGUGACGUUCGGUUGGUGGACCAAUCCACUGGGCAUCCCGGAAGCAAACAUGUGUUGCGUUGAGCAGCACCGAAGCGGAAUUUGUAGCGCUCGCCGAGUGCUGCCAAGAGGUGCAGUGGAUCGACCGGUUGCUGAGUGA